AUGGUAAUGGAAAAUCAAAACCGCCCUUAUGGCGGCAUGGGUUUCGACAAUGUCUAUCACCACAAUCCACCGCAAUUCACAGAUCCCUGGGCCGCACACACUACUUCGCACUCGACUCCUCCCGUCUACGCGACUUCCAUGGGCAACAGCAUUAGCCUCCCGAUCAACCCCAAGGAGGAGGUCAGUCGCGCCGCCGCCAUGUCUAUGUCCUAUCCCAGCAUCCCUGUCUCCGCACCUUCACUCGUGCCCAGCAACAGCUACACAACUGGCUACGGCCCCGAGGUAAUGGGAAUGCAACACGAAGUACCGCGGACUGGCUUCGAGCAGCCUCCGACCUACACCACUGCGCCACCUAUGAGCAGCUUCUCCCCAGCCAGCUAUGCGCCAAUUAGCUACGCCCCGAUUCACCCGUCCCAGCCUCAAGACGCUCGUCGCAUUUCGCAUUCAGAUGCUCGUGUGGGUUCUUCAGCACCCGCCCCUACUCCUACCUUUGGCGACGCGCUCGACGCCAGCCGCGGAAUGGUGGCACUCAGCCAGGACAUGACUCCUCGCAACAUUUACGGCCCUCGGGGCACGCGAGGCUCUGCGGAUUCCUAUGGUUUCCCUUCGGCGCACAGCUCUGCCUCAUCCAUCUCCUCCGGCGGCAACUAUCCCUAUUACAGUGCCUCCGUGGGCUCUGUUGACUCCUCCGUGACCGACUACAGCUCCACAACCUCCGAGUCCUAUGAAUCGCGGACUCUUCCUAGACCAGCCAGCCUUCUGGCUGGUAGCGCACCCGGCGGCUCGAAAAUGCCCUCCAACACCCAGAAGAAGCACAAGUGCAAGGUCUGCGACAAGCGGUUCACUCGUCCUUCAUCUCUGCAAACACACAUGUACAGCCACACUGGCGAGAAGCCAUUCGCAUGCGAUGUUGAAGGUUGCGGGCGACACUUCUCCGUGGUUUCCAACUUGCGCCGUCACAAGAAGGUGCACAAGGGCGAGAAGGAAGGAGACUCGCCCGACGAUGACGAGUAA